AUGGUUAAAGGCUCUCAACGUCGUUCAAAUAAACCAACUACAUGUGAUUAUGAAAGUGUAGCUACAGUGGAUAUUGAAGGUAUAGUUAAAAGUGUUCUCCAAUCUGAUGCUAUGCUGCAAGGAAUUUCAAAAAUUGUCCGUGAAACAGUGUUACCGUUAGAAAAACGUAUCAAACAACUAGAAGAUGAGUUAUUUGAAUUAAAAGUAGCCCAUGAUGACUUAGCUACCUAUGACAGACGUACGAAUUUAAGAUUCUAUGGUUUACCAGAAGAAGCGGGGGAAGAUACAUGUCAACUUAUUAUUCAAACAUGUGCUUCUAUUGGAGUAAAUGUGAAAACAGAAGACAUAAGUAUCAGUCAUCGUGUUGGUCCUGUAUAUAAUAAGAAGAAGAAUCCACGUGCUAUUAUAUGUCGUUUCAUACAUUAUAGAACACGUCAAUUUAUUCUUCAGAAGAAAAAGAAUCUUGAUAAACAAAUUUCAGUCAAUGAAGACUUAACCAAAGAUAAUCUGACAAUAUAUCGUUAUGCACGUCAAAAAUUAGGGAAAAUAUCAGUUUAUACAUUAAAUGGAAAGGUGAUGUAUCGUGAUGGUGUUAAACGUACUCGUUUAAUAUCAACAGACCAGAUUGAUCAAUUAUUAGAUGAUUGA